GGAUCACUGAGAGGACUGCCCGGGCCCUGCAGCGCUGCUGAGAGCUGGAGUGGACGACGGGCGAGCCCUGAGGGCACUGCUGAGGAGGCCGAGACCGGCGGCCUUUUGGGAGAUCGAGGUGUUCCCUAGGGGAUGAGGAGGCGCCCCACGGCGGACGGAAGUCCCCUACUGGGUGCUGGAGGUCCCGGAGUAAAAGUCCCUCGCAAUUUCCGACUGUUGGAAGAACUCGAAGAAGGCCAGAAAGGAGUAGGAGAUGGCACAGUUAGCUGGGGUCUAGAAGAUGACGAAGACAUGACACUUACAAGAUGGACAGGGAUGAUAAUUGGGCCUCCAAGAACAAUUUAUGAAAACCGGAUAUACAGCCUUAAAAUAGAAUGUGGACCUAAAUACCCAGAAGCACCCCCCUUUGUAAGAUUUGUAACAAAAAUUAAUAUGAAUGGAGUUAAUAGUUCUAAUGGAGUGGUGGACCCAAGAGCCAUAUCAGUGCUAGCAAAAUGGCAGAAUUCAUAUAGCAUCAAAGUUGUCCUGCAAGAGCUUCGGCGCCUAAUGAUGUCGAAAGAAAAUAUGAAACUCCCCCAACCGCCUGAAGGACAGUGUUACAGUAAUUAAUCAACAAGAAA